AUGGCCGCUUCUUCAUACUCUAACUAUCGUAACGCAAUGCCACAGGUGAUCGAAACGAAUCCAUCCCCGCCUCCGAUUCACACCCCUCCGAUCCAUGCUCCUCCGAUCCAUCCCCCUCCAUCGACGACCUCGUCUCCUCUUACUUCCACCAAGCAAACUGUCCCGUCCCUGUCACUUUGCUAG